AUGGAUCAACCAUCGGUUCCGGAAACGGCCAUCCCUCGACUUGAUAAUCUUCUCAUCGUUCUAACGAGAGAAGACAUGAUAUAUCUGCGCAACAGGAUCGACAGCAUCUUGGCCGAUGGACCUCGCCUAGAGAAAUUACCAGUAGAGAUCAUCACAAACAUCCUCUUUUAUCUCGACUAUGAUGCAUACCUAUGCUGUACCCGCACAUCCAAAGAAUGGAGAAAUAUAUGGACACAGAAAGACCUCCGGACCGACGUGCUGAAAUAUUUCUUUCCGGGUCUUAGGGAACUGUACCCGAAUGAAUCAUCUCACGGUCUCUAUUCGAGGGGGAGACAGAUGCAUCUCAAGUGGCGACAGCCUCAUUUCAGCUACACCUGGAAGCCAUGGAGUUCAAUCACACCAGAAGGCUUGGCCCGGCGUGUCCCAUAUCCGUUUCUAUACAACAAGGGAAAGUUUGUCUGGCAACAAGGACCGUUUACAUUCAACGUUGGAAAUUUCUGUACAGACCAGUGGCGGCAAUUCGUGCCACCUAGAGCUGUCAUUCAAGGCGAAAGAUACCAAGCUGCGGCUACCAGCGACAUGCUCCUUGUCCUGUACAUGGUCAAUGGACAGACGAACACAGUAUCUAUUGUUCAUCUCGAGACUGGGGCAUGGAGAAAGCUGUUUCUGCCCUCGCCGCUUCACCACGCGUAUGUGGAUUUCAGAACUGUCACCUUCGUGAUGCGAACUGGUAAGAUCUUGCAGUUCACCUGGGGUAGUUCUUUGGUACGGCUCGACUUCACGGACAUAAACAACUUUCUUAGUGAGUCUGAUGCGAUGUUUGGAGGCCUGCCCAAGAUCUUACCUCAUCCUACGAACGAUAACGUGAUGUUUGCAGUUUGGGCGUACUCCCAUAAGGCGCAACAAGACAAGCGACUGAUCAGCUUCGUACUGGCCAAGUUUGAAGAUGGUCAGAACGUGUGGAAUACCAGUAAAUCGAUAUCGCUCCCAAACCCUCUACAAAAUCCACAACCGGACUGCAAAGACUUCACUUGGACCGCAUUAUCUUUUACUUGUCGAAAAUCUGACAAUCGUGGCACGUUUUGUCUCGGGUUGUAUCGCUACCAGGGCGCCGAGACAGGCAAAAUUGUGCUAUGCUCUUGUUGUGAUCCGCGGGAGAGAAGAGGAGAAUGGGGAGCUGUGACGUUCAAUGUCUUGACAGAGACCUUUGAUCAUCACGAAUACUGCUCGCCGUGGCCUGACGUUCUAUGGGAUGGUGGGAUCUAUUCUGAAGCUCGGGAGCGAUACGAGACAAGGCUGGUGGACGCACAUAUCUGGAACAACGACCUGGUACUAUCUCUGAGCCACCCAUGCUCCGGAAUUAGAGACCAGGAAGUGGGUGUUUUGGAUGUACGAGCGGUGCACCCGACUGGGAGUAAUCAGGCACCUUCACCACGAUUCGAAACUAAGAUAGUGUCAAGCUGUGCUCGGCAGUUCAGGACUCAGGUCUUCCAGGAUGAUGACUAUGUUAUUGUACCUCUGCUCGGUGGCGUGGCUCUUUCCAGGCCGUCUGAGACACCAGCAGAUGCCAUGGCCGAUUAUACUGUGCUAAUGGAUCAGGAUGAACGCCGGCCGCUUUCCUACUGUGCAUGGGAAAUGACGGAAAUGAUCGAGCUGAAACAUGACGAGGUGGGCAGCGGGCUGAAUAACCGGCUAGAGAGACGGCGACAUGAGAGACAGCGACAUGAGAGACAGCAGCAACAUGAGAGACAGCAACGUGAGAGACAGCAACGUGAGAGACGUUAUGCGUAG